AUGCGAAUAAAAACAUCUACAGGGAACCGAGGUGGAGAGCAAGAUGGCCGGUUAGAAAACAAACAAUGGCGCCAAGGGCCUAGAGAAGUAAGAAUUGGAAAAAUGACCUCCUUCCAUUCUAGUGACGAAGACGAGAGUGAUGAAUUAAUGCAAGGCUGUUAUGAACUGAAAAGAAGGUUGGAAGCAACGGAAAAGUCUUUUAGAAAUCUUGGAAGUCACGCAGAGGACAGGUCUGGAGAUCUCCUGGUAGAAAAUGAAGCCCUUAACGCCCAAAUUGAGAACAUGGAUGAAGAACUCAGGAGAGAAAGAAAACUCAGGAAAAGUAUUGAAGAGAAGCUACAGUCCAGUUUGACUGCUGGAGAAGAAAUGAGAGAGAGAAUUGUAGAUCUGAAAAACCAAAUAAAUGAGAGAAAGGAAACUGACAGGAUAGCUGCAGCUGAAGUGGAGAUGAAACUUGCUUUAAAGGAUGCUGAAAUCCACAAGUUACAGACCACAUUAACGUCAAGAGCAGUAGCUGAAAUGAGAAUUCUUGAAAGUUCAACUGAUAGCAAGGAACUGGCAAUAACGGGCCUUCGAUCUGAGUUCACCGCUUUUGUUGAGCGAAGCAAGGUCGGUGAUAAGAAACAUCAAGAACUGGAAAGAGUGAUAACAGAUCUUGAAGAUGAAAAUGCCCGAUAUUCGGAUGAAAUCAUGAUCUUGGAAGAACGGCUGGCGGACAAAAUGUCGUACAUUUCAUUAAUGGAAGGACGGUUAUCGCAAAAAAAUGCAAAAAUGUCAUUCAUGCAAGAAGAGAUAAAGCGAGUUAACGGAGCAUUUUCCAGCAACGAAAAACAGUUGCAGGAAAAGGACACAUCUACGAAAAAGCUGGAGAAAGAGUUAGCUUUAUAUAAAGAUAAACUAUUAGACUGCACGAAACAAAUCGAAAAUUUUGAAAUGAUUCUGACGGAGAAGAUGCAGCAGUUAUCUUCGUUGCAAAAUGCUUUGAAGAUGAAAGAAUCGGAAAUUAGCCAAGCAGGACAGUUGCUAGAAAGGACGAAGGCACUGAAUUCAGAAAAUUAUGGCGAAUUUCAACUGCAGAUUGAAUCACUUCAAGAACAAAUUGACGUAAAGUCUUUGGAUAAUACAAAUUUGGAAGCGAAUAUGUCAGCUUUGCGUCAAGAACUCGAGAUGAAGACUUCACUAUGUCUUGACCUUCAAGCCAAACUUGAUCAAACUAUUUCCCAGCUUGAAGAAAGGACAAUGAUCAUUCGCGGCUAUGAACAGAAAUUAAAGAAAUUGGCCAGUGCUUUAAAGAGCGAGACAGACAAGGUAGAAAAUCUUCAAAAAGCAUUAUCAGAUUGCAAAGACGAAGUUGCUUUGAUUAUAAACCAAACUCAAAGUACUAAAGAAGACUAUCACACGGAAUACAAUAAGCAGAACUCACAGAUUUCACAGCUAGAAAAAGAACUAGCUUUUAAAACACAGGAACUGCAAGCGAAAGAAGGCGAGCUUAGUAAGGCAUUAGGACGUGUAGAUGAAGGACGAAAUAAGAUUCAAAAGCUAGAAGAAUUUAUUUCCAAACUCAAAGAAGAAAACGUCCAGAAAGACGAAGACAAUCGCAAGGAAAUUAAUCUACACAAAGAAGAGAAGCAAGAUUUCACACAGUUAUUGCAAAAGCUACAAAGUUCUGUUGCAAAUCUUUCUUCUGAAUUAGAAACGAAAAGUAAAGAGAACGAAGAGCUAAAACUUCAACUGCAGGACAGUCAAAGGAAAACUGAUCUUGAAAGCCAUAAACUUGAGGAGCUUGAAAACCUUUUGCAGAAACUGAAUUCUGAGAUCCAGUCAAGAGAUUCUGUCGUCGAUACGUUGCAGAGUGAGGUUUCGUCCGUACACGGUGAGCUGAAGCAGGCGUUAGGUGAUUUGUCGCAGCUGCAGGAAGUUUUGAGUAAAAACGAGAAAGAAAUCAGAAGCAAGGAAGAGCAGAUAACAGUAAUGGAUAGGAAGCUGAAUCAAAGUCAAGAAGAAAACCAACAGAAGGAUGGCCUUUUGAAAGAGCAGUCGGCCAAACUGUCUCGCUUGGACAAAAGCAUUAAAGAGCAGAAACUGGAACUCAAGCAAAAAGCUGUGGAGGUAACUCAGCUUGACAUGAGCAUGAAAGAACAACACAGCCAGCUACAACACCGCCUGAACUUGACAGAACAGCAACUGCAGGAAAGCCAUCAGGAGCUUAGUGAAAAACUGUCAGAGACGGCAGAAUUGAAAGCUAAAGCCGAACUAAUGGAGGAAAAGUUCAGUUCAGCAACUGAAGAGAUAUCUAACUUACAGAAAAUUAUUCAAAGACAGACUGAGAAACUGAAAGAACAAACUCGGAAGGAAGCAGAUUUUGUUCAAAGAGUGUCAGAAUUGGAAUCCAAUGUUAAUGGCUUGAGAAACUCGGCCAAGGAGCUUAAUUUUGUCAGGGAGGAAAAUCAGCGGAUGGCCCAGGAGAUUGCUGAGCUGCAGAGGGAAUUAGCAAAGAGACAACACAGUGAAGAUGAUUUGAUGCGCGAGCUCGACGAAUGUCAUUACCUCUUGCAAUCCAAGGAAGCUGAUUGCACAAGGCUAGCAAAAGAUCUAGGUGCUAGCCAAGUUAGAGAGGCUGAACUGCAAGUAAAAUGGACGCAGGAGUUUCAGCGUGUGAAGAACCAGUUUGAGUUUAAGAUAUCAAGGCAAGAGAAGGAGGGCGAGAAGGAAUCGCAGGAUUAUUCUAGAAAAUUAGCCGAGCAAGGAAAGCAAGUUGUUUCUUUACAAGCGAAGAUGCAGCGCACCAGCAAUGAGAACAGUUUAUUGAAGAAUGACGUCACGCGAAUGAAGCAACGGUUGUCGGAACAAGAGGGAGAGAUAAAGUCCCUGAAUCGCAAGCUUGUGGAACAGCAGAGAUAUUCACAUGAAACAGAGGAAAAUAUGUUAAUCAAAGAUGCAGAGAUUGCUCGACUUGAAGCAAGAGUUUCUGGCUACCAUCGCUCAUCGAUUACAAACUACCACAGUAAAUUAAACAGCAGUUUCAGCUAAGAUAUUUCUUGUUAACCUAAGCCAUCCCUUUACAUACAUUAAAUUCUAUAAUACACUAUAUUUGUUGUAUAAAGGUCAAUGCAAUUCGAUUCACGUGCGCGUAUUAUCUUA